AUGACACUGCUAAUGAUUAUAUUUGGUUUGUUAACUAUUGCAAAUGUACAUCAAUGUCAGCAUCGUAUUAAAACAUUAACGGUACAUACUAUUAAAUUUACUAUGAAUAAAUCUUCGGGACCAGCUAAUGGUAAUACAGCGAAGAAACAGAAACAGAAACAGAAACAAAAAACAGGUCACAGUCUUCUGCAGAUGCUUCUUUUUCAAGUUUUGUUGUUAAUAACGACUGUUACUCUUCCAUUAUCUAUUCAAAAGUUUCAUGCGUCAUUUUCAGCAACAAACAAAUCUCCUAGCGACCUAGCCAUUGAAGCUUUUUCAUACAAUCGAACUGUUUUAAUUUAUUUUAUAUCCAAUGGUAUGCCUUUCUAUAUAUAG